AACAUGUUCACUUCUGUGGUGUUGAUGUGCAUGCUGGUGGCCGCAGGUGUGGCUCUCCCAGGUGGAUACCAGCAAGCAUCCUAUGCGCCUCUGCCCUACGAUUUCAACUACGGGAUCAACUCCGGAGCCACCAACUUCGGCCAGCAAGAGAGCGGCAACAAUGGCAACGCCAAGGGCUCCUACUGGGUCAACUUACCUGACGGUCGCGUCCAGAGGGUUGAUUACUGGGCCGACGGUAGCGGAUAUCAUGCUACCGUGAGCUUCCAGGGCACCGCCAAACAUCCCAGCUAUGCUCCCUCUUAUGGCUACUAA